AUGGGGCUGCGGGACUGGCUGAGAUCCGUGUGUAGCUGUUGUCGGUGCAAGUGCCUGGACCCGGAGCCUGGGAUGCCCGAGAAGGAGCCCUUGAUCAGUAACAAUCUGUAUUCCUCAUUUGGUUCAACUCUGGCAAGAGAUGAUGAGAAGAAUUUGUGGAGCAUGCCUCAUGAUGUGUCGCACACGGAGGCAGAUGAUGACCGAGUACUAUACAACUUAAUUUUUGUUCACAAUCAACAGGCCAAAGACUCUGAGGAGUGGCAAAAACUCAACUAUGAUAUCUACACUCUGCGACAGAUUCGAAGGGAAGUGAGAAAUCGUUGGAAGCACAUUUUAGAAGAUUUAGGUUUUCAAAAGGAAGCUGACUCCUUGUUGUCAGUGACAAAACUCAGCACCAUCAGUGAUUCUAAAAACACCAGGAAAGCUCGAGAGAUACUGUUAAAACUAGCAGAAGAGACUAAUAUUUUCCCAACAAGUUGGGAACUCUCAGAGAGAUACCUCUUUGUGGUGGACCGUCUGAUUGCUCUUGAUGCAGCAGAAGAGUUCCUGAAAAUUGCUAGUCAAACUUACCCCAAAAGACUUGGAGUCCCCUGUUUGGCAGAUGGCCUAAAAGAACCGCACUAUCUUCCAUUUCCAAGUCCUUAAAGGGAAGGCCGAGAGUAGGCAGAAUUGAAAUCUUCUACAGAAACUUAAAGUUGGACCCAAAAUUGAACAUAUUCUCAUAGAAAAAUGACCAAGGAGAGUGAACCAUGUGAGACAUGUGAAAGCAACUGAAACAUGCUAUUUAAUCCUACCAACAUAAGGGUUUGGAUAUCUGGUCUUCAUGAGGAAAACACUAAUUUUUCUAUGAAAUGUCCCAACUACAUGGAAACAGC